GCAAAUUUUAUUGAAAGUCCGCUUUUUUUUUUGGUAUAAAAUAUCGGUAACCAUCUUAUCUUGUUUCUUCUUACUAAUCAUUCUUAAAUUACCUUAUGCCUACAUUGAUGAACGAAGAAACUACUCCCCUUAUCAAUCGUUUCUCAAGUUCUCAAGAGAAAAAGGAUGCUUAUUCAAAAUGGAGCAUUACAACAGGUCUUAUCUUGUUUGUCUCACUAAUUUUGUCUGUACUAGUCCGUAUACCGUUCAAUAUUUUUACAUUCCAUCCAGUAUUCAUGACCAUCUUUAUUGUUCUUGCAACUGAAGGAAUCACGCUUUUGCAGCCUACAAGUACCGCCGAGGAAAAGAAAUCUGGAUUAAAGUACCACGCUAUCAUUCAAUCUGCAAGUUAUCUUUCUGCUAUUACUGGGUUUUCUUUUAUCUUUUACAACAAGGUUAUAUCAGGAAAACAUCAUUUCGAAUCUUUUCAUGGCAAGUUGGGGUUGUUUGUUUUCAUUUUUUUGGCCAUUCAGCUUAUAUUUGGCAUCGCAAUGGCUUUCUUACCUCGUCACGCCUUUGGUUCAGUUGAGCGUGGUAAAAGUUUAUGGAAAUAUCAUCGUGUCUCGGGUUACAUUUUGUUGGUCUUGGUCUGGCUUACUUCUCAAUUAGGUGUAAGGGCUGACUACAUGUACAAUAAUCUGUAUAGUGUUCAUUUGCUUUGGCUGCACUGGGUGGCUGUAUUCCUUGUAUUUGCAGGCAUUGCUAAUCGCAUCCGCUUAAAGAAGUGGGGAAUUAAACAAUAAAUAUACGUGAUGGCGUUAUUUGCUUGUA